AUGAUCAGCUUUGAAGCGGGACAAGCCCAGACAUCAACUCCUUCCGCCCUAAAGAAUUUAAAAAUUUUUCUCUCCUCUCUCUCUCUCUCUCUCUCUCUCUCUCUCUCUCUCUCUCUCUCUCUCUCUCUCUCUCUCUCUCUCUCUCUCUCUCUCUCAAUUGCUCGUCAUGACAAGGCUCCAUGCAUGCAAGCAGAUGGAGGAUGGUGGCGGACACUCGCUCUUCCCCCACCCACCCUCGCCGGCGCCCGUCCCCAAAGCACACGCCGCCCGACCAGCACAUGCCCUCUUGUUGAUGAGGAUACAACUCACACAUUGUCAUCAACCCCGGUCGAAUUGGUCUCCAAUCUGACCGAGGCUGCCAGGCCACGCACCGCCAUGAACGCUGAAUCGGCGCUUGCCCGGCCUGCCAACUCGACCAUGGCCGUCACUGCCACUUUGGAAUCAGAGUACGGCGUCAUCGAUAAAGAAGGCUUUGUCGAGACAGACUCCCAACCCACGUCCUGCCCGAGUCGAGACUCUGGUUUUCCCGACAACGAUGACAACAACGCUCUCCCCGUCUCGGCCUACCUGCACCCCGCCAUCUCCCGCCAACGUGCUGAACGCCUACUCGCCGCCCGCCGACCCGUCAACGAUGGUCGCUUCCUCAUCCGCAUCAAAGCCACCAACAACGUUUCAUACUCGCUGCGAGCCCUGGAAAACGGGCGCACCAUGAUCCUUGCCAAAUACUCUCGCGGCGGCAGUUCUCCUGCCCUGAUCACUGCCUGUCCCCACCCCCAUCCGUGCUCUAGCAAUGGCUCCCUCCGUGGAGCUCCCGCAGCUUCAAACACCCCUCUCACCUCACUUCUCCCAACACCCAAGCGUCAUGCCUCCUUCAGUGCCGCCGUGACCCAACUCUAUCAAACAGCUCGCUCCAGUUCACAGCUCAGCCUCCUCGCUGAGGAGCCUGAGGACGAAGAUGCUGGAGACGCACCAGCCCCGAUCAAGGGUCCCCGCGGCUCCGUAUGCAGCCUAAUGUCCGUGGCUCUUGAAACCACCACACCCGUCACCACGCGCCGCGUCUCGCACAUGGGAGGCCUUGGCCGCGCCGUCUGUUCCCAGCCCCCGCGCCUGGGAAUGGUCAGCGAGAAUGGUAGUGACGAGCAAGCCACCGGCUUUGAAGUCUUGGCGCUUGACGAUCUCGAAGCCCCCCAACAGUUUGUCUUGUCUCUGGUACACAAGGCGCGCAUGUCCCACCACCUGCUGGCACGCGCUCGCCCUGGUGACAACUUCAAGCUCAAUGACCUCCCGCUGCCCUGCUACUCCCUCGAGCAAGUCGUUCAACACCUCUCCUCCCCGCAACCCAAGUGGCCUGUCGUUCUCACCGAACCCGUGGCGGCUCCCGAGGUAUGCGCGCGCCCCAUGAAAGAAAACGCUUCCGCUCAACCUGAGCUGGACACUGAGAACCUGCAACACGAGGCCAAGAUUCUACUCGGCCAGGGUUACCAUCGCAGCGCUUUGCACUGUUUGAGCAAGAUCAUCAAUGCCUUACAAGGCGAACUGGAGAUCAGCGAAGAGCAGGACCACUCCACGGCUGAGAAGGAGCACCAGCUGGCACAAACCUUUAACAUGCGCUCAUUUGCACACUAUGGCCUCAUGGACUAUAGUGCCGCCGCCCAGGAUGCCUAUCAAGCCGUGCAGCUUGAACCAGCGUGGUGGCGUCCUCACUACAGUCGUGGCAUGGCCCUGAAAAAAAUAAAUGACCUCGAUGGAGCUGCGCGCUCCUACAAACAAGCCCUCGCCGUUCUUCCCCGCAAUCACCCACGGGAGGCACAGUGUCAAAGAGCCUUGGACGAGGUUGGCAAGCGCCGGGAUGAAACGCUGCAGCUACAGUCGCGCCAGAGCCAGUUGGCCAUUCGCCAGCAUCGUGCUGGUGAACAAAACUCCAACUUUCACCCCGACCUCAGCGACCUAGCCGCCUGGUACCUGAUGCGGCGGCGCCAAAGCGUGGGCAAUGACGGCUGCCCUGCUGAUUUGCACCGUGAGAUUGCCGAGCGCCUCGAGGCUGCUGGUUUUUUGGAUGAUGAGCUUGCCACGCUGGGCGUGGGCGAAAACACCAUUGUUCAACUUGAUCAGCUUCGUUGGGAGGCCCCGCUUCAGGAGGAGGUGGGUCAGGAACAACGCCAGCUUGAACAGCUCCAUCGCGAGCGCCUGGCUCCCCGCGAGCGCUGGCGUGGCAGUCAAAAGCAGCAGCUCAAGUCGUGGCAAGAGUGGUACUACCUCCGACUGCAGCGACCAUUGCCGGACACCCCCACCCGUGCUGUGGAGGCUACCACGCGCAUCUUCUCGUGGGCCUUGACUGUGGCCCAUAUGAUCAACAGCUUCCUCAACUUGGAGGCCUUCCAAAGCCGCCGCCUGACGGUGCAUGUGGCUACCACACACCCGUUGGCUGGUAUCGCCGUGUUGGAGUUGGCGGCGCUCCUGCCCGAAGUUGGCGCGCUCGACCUCUGGCAAGUAGUUGAAAGCCGCGAUGCGGCCUGCGUAUUGCUGGAUGACACCUUGCCCGGCGCUGCCGACCUUCCCGUCCAACACCUUCGCCAUAUUCAAAUGCCCGGCAUGUAUGAAGCCUCUGCACACCUUCUACCGCGCCCAGACGUCCUAUUGGUCAUGCAGGAGGAUGGUUCGGGACUGGAUCGCGUGUUGACGGCCGGGAUGGAGGACGUGGUAGAUGAUUUGCACCGCAAGAACAUUCCUCUCCUUUUCACACAGACCUCAGGCGAAGCACACCAGCAAGUGCGCCAAUGGGUUCAGAACAUGCUCUUAACGCCAUUGACUCGAUACACCGGGGCCAACCCUUUUGCUUCGCUUACGGCGUUGAACGACGAUACAAGCAGUGACACGUUAUCCCUAACAAGCUUCGAGUCCACGGGCACCUCGCUGAGCGCGGCGUCGACGGGCUCACGGCAGGUUGGCCCAGCCAAUGGCUACCAGAUUCUCAUUCCAGGUUUGCAGCGCUGA